CGUGCCCAGUCGGUUCUCUCCCGCUCUCGCUGGAAAAACAAUAAAAAGAAGAAACAGCAAAGGUAAACAGUGACAGACAAAGGCACCGGUUGGGAUAACAAAGGAAGUGAAGAGAAUUUGCACCGGAAGCGGAAGAGCAGCGGAAUUGCAGCCAUUUGCAGUGUCCUCAAAACAAGGAAAUUACUCAUACGCGCCAGCGAAAUUACGCAUACGCACGGCUGAAUGAGAAGGGAAGUUAGGAAUUAACUGACUGCACUCUUAAUAAAGAAAUUACGCAUACGCACGAUUGGCAGCUGUCUGCUAAUAACUAAAUUACUCAUACGCCAGCGUGGCCGUAGAUGAGGUAGGCUAAACCCCGCAUAAGUGACAAAAUGGGUACUCCUCAUGUCUGCUUCGCCGAUGAGCAGCCGCAGGAAUUGCAAAAACAUAAGACCGCCAGUAAUGGCAGCCUGAACAACAACAACAACAAACUGGAUGUGGGCUACAACAAUACCACGGGAACACCAUCGCCGGGCGGCAGUCUCAGCGUUUCGCCAACACCGCGCUACGAACGCAAUCUGGGCUUCUUUCGGCAGCUGAGCCGCCGCUUCGGCCUGAGGUCGCAGGAUGACCUAGUUCAGUCGGAUGACGCAGCCACCGUUGCAGCAUCAAGAGGAGGCGGUGCAGGAGGAGUGGCCGGGGUCACGCUCCAGGAGGAGGACGCGCACAGUUCAUCGACCGACUCGUGCUCCUCGGGGCGUGGCCUCAAUGCUCACCAGUCGCGACUAGAGCUAAUGUCCAUGUCGUGUGCCUCCAGUGAGACGAGCAGCACCCUGGACAUUGAGGAGCAGCAGGAGCAACUUCAGCAAGUGCAACAACAGAUGCAAUCGAAGCGGAAACCGAUUAGCCGGGCCAGUUUCUCACGCCUCCAUCGACGCUCUACAUCCUCGUUGCGUCGUGCCUUCGAGAGCCUUUCGCUCACUUCGCGUUCACUAUCCUGCAGCGGUCCUUCACCGCCACCGCCGCCGCCUCCGCCACCACCCACCAACGGACAGCCCUCGACUGCUUUACCCCUAAAAUCGGCUCUCAAAUCUGCCUCGAAUGUGGAGCUUCACAGGCAGCAGCAACAUCAUCAUCAUCACAAUCACCAGUCUGUGAGCAGGUCAUCCUCAUCAUCCUGCAGUUCAGCACCCAAGAGCAAGGUGAAGCCGCCGCCGCAAAGAAUCCUGCGGCAGCCCGUCUCCUACACAUAUCUCAAAGGCAUGUCCGGUCUGCCGACGCAGCGAGUGCCGCGCAGCUCCGUCUGCUGUCAGUAUGCCAGGCGCUAAGAAUCUCCUACUGGAAUGCAAGCCAUCCGAGAUAGCCUGGAUAAUGAGGUAUUGAGAAAAGAAGAAUCAGCAGACAGUAUCAGGAACCACUAAUCAGCUAACUAAGCAAUCAUCUUGAGUGUUCCUUAUUAACAAGGUAUUUUUCUUUUGAGUUCAAACUUAAAUUGACAAUUUUGCAAAAAUAUUUUCAUUACUUUUAUGCUCUUUUAAAGUCAAUCUUAAAUAUUAAAAAUAUGUACUCCCAUUUUAGUUGUAAGCAACACAAAAACAAGAUCCUCAAUUUGCAAAUUUAGCUUCCUAACGUUUUAAAUUAUUUAUAAAAACAUUUAUUCAAGUGUAGUCCAUUUCAAAAUACUAUUACUUUAAGAUCCAUAAACCCCUUUAGGUAAGUCUCAAAAAUCCCUUAAAGGAAAAGCAAUUGCUUGUCAUUGCAGGCGAUUAGAAAAUGAUUUAUCAAUUGGAAAUUUCAUCCUCCAUUCAACUUCCCAACACCCUCCUCCUCCCUGAAAUUCAUUUCAAAAUCUGUGAUACAAGAAUCGUUACCCUGUCCCUGCCCCUCCAAGCAAAACCCUCCUCCCCAAGUCCAUCAUAUCCAAGAGUCUUCAAAGAGAACAUCGGCAAAAUUGGUAAAGAUCUAACAAACUUACAUGAUAAAGUUUUAUAAAAAUUUGAAUAACUUUUGCACUUAAAAUAUUUAUAUAAAUUAAAUCGUAGAUGCGUAGAAUUUGUCAGAUAUAGAGCCUAUAUACACACAUUUGUCACCGCUUUGAUGCUAGAUCAAGAUCAUUCCACGCAUACCAAAGACUGUAACGCGAAACAAAAUUGAGAUGAAAUUAAGAAGUUUGAUUGAAUCGAUUGGAAGAGUCACAAUAGAUUUCCUUUUUGUAUAAAUUCUUAUACAAUUCGUGCCUUUAUCAAAAGUCAAAGCAAACACAAAGAUUCGCAUGAUAAACAUUUGUUCCAAGAGAAAACACUUAAGAAGUAUAUAUGAGAUAAGUUAAAGUAAAUUUCCUUUUUAAACGUUAAAUGGGAUCAAAAUUUGUCAGGCAUUUAUCUAUGUUCCGCAAUCCUAACUGAAUCAGCCAAAAACUCUCUCCUAGGAAACUUAAAUUAUUAUUAACUUAAGAGUUUUUAUUCAAGAAAAAAUAAAAUUAAUUUGCCAAAAUGAAUUAACACAUUCCAAAGAUUUAACAAGCCCAGCACUCCAGUAAGUAGAGUUCAGACGUAGAUGAUAUAUAUGAUAUAGCAAGUCUAAAAAUGCCGCGAAACUGACUUAAGAGUAUUCAACAUAAACAUUACUUUAGCAGUUAUACACAUUUACAGUUUAUAGAGAGAAAUAUUAUAUAUGAAAUGCAAACCAAGGCCUAACUAUACGAUAUAUAUAUGUUAAUAUAUAUGAAUGCAAACGCAUUGAAUCGCAAGCCAAAGCAAUAAAGUUGAAGGAUUAUACAGAACAAUAUCAGCAUUAAUAUACACAUAUAUACAGCAGCAUCUACUUAUUAAUAACUAUUUACCUAAACAGCAGCAACAGCAGCCAAGAAUUGUAAUCAUCUGAAAGGCCAAUAGCCACAAAGCAAAGAGAGUUCAAUAAAAGUGAA